AUGAGCUGCACACGGACCCUCGGCGCCAACGCGCUCCUCUCCAAACAACCCGCCUCCCACCUCCUCAAAGCCUUCAACUCCAGCCUCGCCGCCUCCUCGCCAUCAUCAUCCCUCUCCUACGGCACCCUCGUGAUCCUACGACACCCCUCACCCUCCCGCCGCCAAUUCAGCACCACCAACCGCCACCCCUUCAAAUUCACCAACCCCGCUCCCAUCCGCGAGUUCUUCCCCGUAACCCACACCGAACAAAUCCGCCGCACCCCCGCCGCCUGGUCACAUCCCAUCUACACCGAAGCCGAAGUCAACUCGGUCGUAGUUGCGCACCGCAAUGCAAAGACAUGGUCGGACUACAUCGCCCUCGGCGCUCUGCGCACCACGCGCUGGUGCUUCGACCUCGUCAGCGGCUACAGGCACGACAAAGCCUUCGCCAUGACCGAGCGCAAGUACAUGAUCCGCAACAUCUUUCUUGAGUCGGUGGCGGGCGUGCCGGGCAUGGUGGCCGGCAUGCUGCGCCAUCUGCGCUCGAUGCGGCGCAUGAAGCGCGACAACGGCUGGAUGGAGACGCUGUUGGAGGAGAGCUACAACGAGCGCAUGCACCUCCUCACCUUCCUGCAAAUGGCGGAGCCGGGCUGGUUCAUGCGGCUCGCCGUGCUAGGCGCGCAAGGCGUCUUCUUCAACGCCUUCUUCCUCGCAUACCUCGUCUCGCCCAGCACGUGCCACCGCUUCGUCGGCUACCUGGAAGAGGAAGCGGUGCUGACGUACACGCGCGAAAUCAACGACAUCGACGCCGGCAAGCUGCCGCUGUGGGAGAAGAUGGAGGCGCCGCCGAUUGCCAUCGAGUACUGGAAGAUGCCCGAGGGGAAGCGCACGAUGCGCGACCUGCUGCUCUACGUUCGCGCCGACGAGUCGAAGCAUCGCGAGGUCAAUCACACGCUGGCGAAUAUCGAUUACAAGGAGGAUCCCAAUCCGUACAGCAGCACGUAUAAGAGCGACGAUAGGCCGCAUCCCAACAAGGGUAUUCAGCAUCAGCGGCCCGGGGGUUGGGAGAGGGAUGAGGUGAUUUGA